AUGUCCGUUCAAACACAAGCCAUAAAUCCCGAAGACUUCGCCGAAGCUAUCGCCGAUCUUCCCCUCAGCGCAGUCUACAGCAAAGUCUCCGAGCUCCGCAACUCAAUCGCACACCUGCACCGCUCCAACGAGGAGCUCAGGCUUUUCCUUGCAGAAUCAAAAGACUCAGAAGAAGAAAAGAAGGAGCUAGAGGGAUAUGUUUUGGAGAAUGAGGGGGUGAUUACGUCGAUGAAUGAGCGUAUUUCUUUGCUCAAGGUUGAGGUGGAAAGGCGAGGGCAGACUUGGAUUGAGGAGAAGGGGGAGGAAAAAGAUUUGAAUGGGGAGGUGCAGGUAUCUGAAGAGACGAUUGCGCCGGUACCGAAUGGGAGUGCUGGAGCUGGGCUUGGUGACCAGGGCUCGAAUGCGAAUGCGGGGCAGGAGGAGGGAGUUUAUCUUUGA